CACCGGGACGGAGGAGAGGGGGACCCGCUGCGGGAGGACGGAGAGGUUUGGCUCCUGACAUCUGUGUUGUCACGUGACCCGGAUCCGAUCCGAACUUUUUCCUCGGUACCACUUGUGAGUUGGCGGUUGCUAUGGCUGCGAGUUCAUGCGAGGCUGGCAGAGAGGGAAGUGACGAGCUCGGCUGUUGUUGGGACACGUGACUGGAGCUGCACUGAUCUGUUGUGACAAGCAGCGGGGAGGGAGGAGAGCAGGGAGGCAGACUGAGAGCAGCAUCGCGGCCAGGAGCACCCGCUGCUGCGUCCCGUCCGCAUUUCGUCCCUGACAUGUCCCGAUCCACUCGGUCCUGUGUGUCGUCAGCGCUCGGUUAGCCUGUCAGCAACUCGCUAACUUUCUGUGGCCAGCGCUCGCGGAGAACGUCGCAGCCCCGGGUCGGAGGCGUUGACUCGGGCUUGUUUGUUUGAGAAAAGUUUUAAUGAAGACCACAAAGGAAGUCCGCACAGGUGGCGUCUCGAGGGUUGAGUAGAUGGCGGCCGUUGGGGCGCUGUGUGCGGGUUGGACACGGAGAACAGCCGCCUGAUAUUAAAGCGAGGAGAAUGAUACAACACGUCAAGUCGUAGAAGAAAAUACCGAGACCCUGCGUCGGUGUGUUUGUCUGCGGCUGUGGCUACCUGUCUGCCUGCCUGUCUGCCUGCGCAACUCGACGGGGGUUGGGGGAUGUUUGGCGAGGUCGUCGUCACCCGCAGACGCGUCCACCGCUCGGCGACGACACGGUUAGUUGGUUGAGUUGUUGCUACCUAGCUAACCGAAUUAGCAGGCAGCCAGAGAGUGUUGUUGGCCGGAGAGGAGACACCGAAAUGCAUCGCGACGUCCACUGUGGUGAAGGUGCUGCAGUUUGACUCGGAGAGAAGCCAGCUCGCUAAUCACAUUACAACUAGUCGGAUUGGUGACCAGCUCCAGGAACCCGAGCGUCCGUCCCAGUACCUGACCGUGGCUGUGCCUGCGACCAGCUGUCUGUUUGUUAGUCAGUUGGACAAUACAGUGCGAGUCGAUGGGAGCGUACAGUAGCAUGCUAACAAAGCGAUGCUUUGUUGUUGGAUAGGGGGCCGCUGGCACCAGCACGCAGGCUUCACAGCUGAUAUUAUUGCUUAGCCACUACACGGUCACAGAGGAGGGGGGGGGGGAGUUCAGGGUCCAGGCACCGCUGUGUUGCUGUCAAAGCUGUGUCAUAGGAGACUGAGGAGACCCCACAGGACUGAUGACACUGGACAACAUGAAGACCGAGAGAGAUACAACGGAGGAGUUUUUUGAGUAUGAUGCGGAGGAGUUCCUGGUGUUCCUGACGUUGCUCAUCACCGAGGGAAGGACACCAGAGUAUUCUGUGAAGGGCAGGACCGAGGGGCUGCACUGUCCGCCAGCCCAGUCGGCCAUGCCGCCCCUUCACAAGCACGAAUGUAGUGACAAACUGCCUCAGUGUCGGCAGGCGAGGCGAACCCGUUCAGAGGUGAUCCUGCUUUGGAAGAACAGCAUCCCCAUAAUGAUCGAGGUCAUGCUUCUGCCAGACUGUUGCUAUGGCGACGAGUGCCCCCCGAGUGACCCCAUCAGUGACCCAGUCAUCAAACAAGAUGCUCUGCUGCUGGAGAGAUGGACCCUGCAGCCGAUUCCAAGACAAAGUGGCGAUCGCUUCAUUGAGGAGAAGACCCUGCUGUUGGCUGUUCGCUCCUAUGUCUUCUUCUCCCAGCUCAGCGCCUGGCUCAGUGCCUCCCAUGGCAUUGUCCCCAGGAACAUCCUGUACAGGAUCAGUGCUGCUGAUGAGGAGCUGGUGUGGCAGUUCUCCCAGCCACCUUCAGAGCACAUUUUCCCCGUCCCCAAUGUGUCCCAGAGCGUUGCAAUGCAGGUCCAUGUGCAGUCGCUCCCCCGACAACCGACCUACCCCACCCUAGCCUGCAGCAUCCACACCGGUCUGCCUCCCCUUUACAGCAAAACCCCCAGCCUCAGCCCGAACCUCAACAGCCUUGGUGGCACGCCCACCUUAAAGAAGAGCCAGGACCACAGCAGAGAAAACCUCCUUCACAACCCUAACAUGUUCAGCAAAAGCUCUGGUCUUCUUCUCAAUGGAUUACCCAUUCCUAAUCUUCCCAUCAACAACAUCCCCAUUAACAGCCUUCCUCACACUGCUGUGUCGCCUCCUUGCAGCCAGAAGAGCAAGGAGCCUGGUGAAAACAAUGUUUAUCAGAACGGAGAGCUUCCGCAGGCCAGUGUCCCCCAACGUCAGGGCUCGCCACUGUUCCAAAGAUCCUCCCAUUCUGCCACGCCGCCCCGCUCCCACUCCCCAUCUCUACUUCCCACAAGUAAAGCAGGAAAGUGGCUGUACUCGGCUCUCAAGAGCUCGUCGAACUCCACACAGGUAGAGGACUAUGGGUCUGGUACCAACAGCAGUGAGUUUUCAAAGGGGACCCUCCCUGACCCCCUGAGAGCUUUUAAGAGUUUUUCCAUGGCGGAGCCACCUCGCUGCCCCUCCCCAAGGCCUGCUGCAACUGAAACAAAUCCCCUGAUUGGCUCCCUGCUGCAGGAGAGACAGGAAGUUAUUGCCCGCAUUGCACAGAGGCUCAACUUCUGCGACCCUACAGCUCCGCCGCUCCCUCCUGGCCUUUUUCCUUCUGACAACCCUCCCAAAGCCAUGAGGGGUAGUAACCAUGACGACAUAACUGCCAGUAAGACCAAAGAGCCUGAGGUACCGCUAUAUGAAUCUGUGGGACGCGUGUGGCCCAGCCCCUUCAACACACCUGUGACUGACACUUCUUUGAGUAAACGAGAGAGUACCUCCCCCAAACCUGCGGCCUGCAGGAAGCUCAAAAUGUCUGAGACAAGAGACAGAGAGGAGGAGAGGAUUGGAGAGAGAGAGCGAGACAAGAAGAAGGACAGAGAUGGACAGAGGGAGAGAGAGAGCUCCCUCAUCGCCCAGGCAGUACAAGACAUCACCAGACUCAUCCAGGAAAGACUGUCUGUCCCCUCUCUGUCCCCCAGGCACAGCAGGAGCAACAGCCCUCUGCACCAUACGCACACGACUACAAUCACACACACAGUCCGCACAUACACGCAAGUCACACACAUCCCACAAGCCUCACACACUGCCAGCAACGGCCAAACCAACGGCCACAUACCCAGCCAGGAACCUCACAGGGGCAGCACGCACACCUCUGCCACACAUGCACCCGUUUGCACAGACAAGCCCCAAGUUGAUCUGGGGGCCGGAUGCCAUUCUCCCCGGGCCCAAAUUGGUGCUCACUUUACACUUGAAGAAUCCUCAUCAAAAGGCCAGUCCCACACCCAGGCUGGUCAGCGUUUACAAACCCCACAGGACAAGCUCAGAGUCAGGACACCAAGCAGCCAUGAAACCCCCCCUGCCUCCCCCGUCCUCGAGAAAUGCCCAAGGAAUGCCCAGUUUUUCAGUUGGACUUGUAAUGAUUCAAGCGAAGCCACGAACUGUAACAUAAACCACAACCACAGCAAGCCUCAGUCCCAGGUGCAGGUGCAGAUGCAGAACUGUGUAAAAGCUCAGGCAUCUGCCCUCCAGGAUGAGAACCAGGCACCCACAGAGUGCUCCAGCACCUCCAGACCUGACAUGACUCUGCCUACGACUGUUCUGCGUCCUCACAGCCCCUCCCCUCUGCGUCCCUGCAACAGCUGGAAGAAACAGAAUCGCCACUCAUUAGACGCCACAGCAACCAAGGCCUUCCACCCCUGCACUGGGCUGCCGCUACUCUCAAGCCCUGUUCCCCAGAGGAAAACUCAAACAGGCUACUUUGACCUGGACACCUCUCUGGCUGGGUGCAAGGGUUUGCCGUGGGCCUCUGGGAAAAGGGUGUGUCUGAAGAGAGAGGGGUACACGGAUGAGUCACAGGACCUGUUCAGUGCCAGUGCUCCACCUGUCAGUCUCAGUCUGCUGGGAAACUUUGAGGAGUGUGUGCUGAACUACCGCCUGGAGCCUUUAGGGACAGUGGAGGGUUUCACAGCAGAGGUCGGAGCCAGCGGGUCCUUCUGCCCCAGUCACCUGACCUUACCUGUGGAUGUGUCAUUCUACAGUGUCUCUGAUGACAACGCUCCUUCACCAUACAUGGGUGUGAUAAACCUGGAGUCCCUGGGAAAACGGGGCUACCGUGUACCUCCUUCAGGAACCAUUCAAGUGACCUUAUUCAACCCUAACAAGACAGUUGUGAAGAUGUUUGUUGUGAUGUACGACCUACGAGCGAUGCCAGCUGGACACCAGACCUUCUUACGCCAGAGAACCUUCUCUGUCCCCGUCCGCCGUGACCCACACAAUCAUGCCAGCAGGAAGCCCCACAGCCUGGGCCAGGGACGCACCUUGCGCUACCUCGUUCAUCUGAGGUUCCAGAGCUCUAAGUCUGGGAAGAUCUACCUCCAUAGGGACAUCCGUCUGCUAUUUUCCAGGAAGUCCAUGGAGGUCGACAGUGGUGCUGCCUACGAGCUUCAAUCCUUCACAGAUUUGCCCAUGGACCCACCUUUCUCUCACCGCUGCUGAGGCAUGUCUCUCUCCCUCCUCCACCGAAGCUUCAACACACCUUGAUGCCAGCGUUACCCUUACUCGGCCCGUGGCUUCUACUUGGAAAAAAAAAAGAGGACCGCAAGCCAAUAAGACUUUCCUAUCUUUUGCCCAAAAUCGUAAAUUCGAUCCCCUCUGUCACCUAAAACUGUCAAUGUGAGCUCUGAACCUGGGAAACUGGCCAGAAAGGAAACCUUGCACCAUGUUGGAUCAGAGGGGUUUGGUCAAAGGUUUUAGUUGUAUGGUUUGUUCUCCUGGUUAAGAAGGCCUCUGAUUUGACAUCUAAUUAUUUUUCUUUCUGUCAUGUGCAUCCCCUCCACCGUCUGUCAGCAGAGUGGAGACCGGUGAUUCGCUUCAGAAGCAGUUAUACUUUAAUUUCCCCAAGAAUUCAGUCUUCUUUCCUCCUGUUUACUCGAAUCAAAAUGUGACUUUUACUUGACACAAUGAAUAAGUGUUGAACAUUUAUUUUCUUCAUGAAUGCAAUACAAGGCCUUUUCAAAAGUAAGAGUUCAAAUCCUUGCAGAUUAGCUGGAUUGAACUAAUGGUGAACUCGGCUUUGACCCUGUGGUUCUGAGCUGGGAGCCAGCGGAGUGCGUAUGGAGGAGCGUGCACCCCGUUGAAAAACCGUGCUGCAGCGCCAUCCCCUCGUCCAAAAGAAACACGGAUACCAUGGACCACUAAAGAAGUCGACCAUGCAAUCAAGCUCCAUUCAAAUGAAAGCUUCACAGCAGAACAUCAGAAGUGCACUGUGUAUUUCUUUUCUCAUUAUAACUGGAAAUGAAACAGAAAAUAGUAAUAUUCUAAUACUUUUGUACUGUUACAGAACCACCUUAUCGGAAGUGUUGAAAUAGUAAAAAGUAACCAUAGUUUAGUGUUUACACAUUCACUUUCAGUUUACAUAUCCUCAGUUUUAUUUAAUAUUUAAAUUAAUAUUUCAGUUACUACUUGUGACGUCUGUCAUGCUAAGAUGUAGUGCAAACUGUAUAUCAUAGUAUGUAUUUUUGACAUUAAUAUUCAAAUCUGAAAAAAAAUAUAUAUAUCUUCUAAAGCAAA